AUGGCGGUUGAAGAACCGGAGGAACCCUUGCACAAGCGAGGUCGCGAUGACAUCCACGUCCGGUUUGCUCCCGCCUCAUACGUCAUGAAAAAUAUAACUCAAACCGCAAUAUGGCAAGUUUGGAUCCUCUGGGUGACUGCCUCGAUGGUCGCUUUGACUGUCACCUACAACGGGUUCAUUUACCAUGAGCCUGGACCUGACGCUUGGUUUCGACUUGGCUUGGUCAUGGCGUAUGCAACAUUCAAUGUUCUUCACGCGUGCCUGGCACUGCGAUGUUUUAAACAAAUCCUCGAUUCAAUAGGGAAUCAGGCUUGUUGGAGCCUCAUCUCGCGAAUCUGGAUUUUUAUAGACCGCGCUGGGGCUAUUCAUGAGCAGGGCACUGGCAACAAGCUACACGUUCUGAAGCAGUUCACCUGUCAGCUUCUUGGCUACACAAGCAUCGAAACCAUGUACAAGUCAAUCCCCAACAGGAGGCGGCCGAAGGAAGAGGCAGCCAACGCCAAUGAGCGAACGAGUCAAGAGAGUAUCGAUGCCGGCUUAGCAGCCGGCCAAUACCUGGUUGAGGAAGACAAGACGCUCAUGGCGUCAGCGCAAGAGGCGGAAAAAACUGUCAAGACAUUCAUUGAUGGCGAGGUCAAGUCUUUCGAAAAAUCUGCCGAGUCAGCCUUGGAAAAGACGAUUGUCAACGUCGCCGUGAUGCUGGGCGUCUGCCUAUCCACGGGUCUUGCACCGCUCACCACGGUGCGGUCCGGCGACUCGACGGCGGCCCAGCUCGGCUCCUACGCGCUGUUGUUAGCCUUGGGAACCGGCACAGCAGCCCUGGCUGCGAGUCUUAGCCACCUUGCCAAUGCUAGGGACGCCGCAAACAUGCUUCUGAGGCUCCAGUCGCACAUGCUCACCCUGCCGUACGAUGGCCGGAGCGUGGACGCUCGACGGAACACCGUGACGAUGGACAGAGACGGCGAGUCCCCGAUGGUCCGUUGGAUGGACCUUUUCUUUUGCAUCAGGGGAUGGAGGUGCGUUCUCGCUCCGUUCUUGGGGCCGGCCCUUGGACUCGUGCCAUUGUCGGAGCGGAGGAGCUCCGCGAUGCAGGAUCGGGGGUACUGGGGAGAGGUAGGACAGGAUCUGCGCUUCACGGUCUUUGGCUCCACACUUGAAGCUUCUACUCGCACGAGGGAGGUUAUCAAGAAGACGGGCAUGAGUCUUCGUGCAAAGGUGCCACAGAGACCAGCUGAUGCGCAAAGGCCAGAACCUGCUGCAGCAGAAGACGGGACAGGCGGGAUUGAGUUGGCCGAAGUCAGUUCCCUUAUUAGGUAG